GCCCAGCAAGCUGGCUCCGUGGCCGGGAUGGCAGGAGCUGAGCCGCACCUGGCGGGCCAAAGGUCCCGCGCACCUGCGGGAGGAGCCGGAAGCGCAGCGCGGCGGGGCCAGCCGGGUCUCUCCGGGGCCGAGCGAGAAGCGGGAUGGGUGAGCGCUUGGCCUCGCAGUCCCCUCUUUCCCCCACCCGCGGCCGCCCCUCUUUGCUCCCCGCCGGCAAGCAAAAGCGAAUACACUCCAAGUCCCCCUCCCCGAAAAGAGGAGUUUCAGCUCCGAGGUGGCUGCAGCAUCGCCCCAUAUCCGCCGCAGGGGCCCCUUGAGGAAGCCGUGCGCCUUUGCGCGUGGUGGCCGGGGCGCGGGGAUCCCGAGCUGCGCCCCCCUCCUCCUCCUCCUCACGUCUCUUUCUACCCCCCAUCCCCUCCGCAGAUGCGGGACCCCGCGCGCGGCGCCUGGUGCGCAGCGGCAUCUCGCUGGUGGUGCUGGGCCACCUGAACCUGGUGCUGGGCGCCAUCGUGCACGGCUCCGUCCUGCGCCACGUGGCGCGCCCCGCGCGCACCAUCACCUCCGAGUACGCGGUGGCCAACGUGAUCGCGGUGGUCUCGGGGCUGCUGGUGAGUGAGGGGCGGCGGGGCGGGCGGGGGCGCAGGCGAGCUCCUUUGGGGCAGGAGCAGCCGAGAGCCACCGCGCGUUCCCCGUGUCUCCCGCAGAGCAUCGCCGCCGGCGUCGUGGCCAUCCUGGUGUCGCGGAGCCGCUCCUCGCCUUGGCUGGUGAGUGCGCCCUGCGAGGAGGAGGAGGAGAAGGGGCCAGGCGCCGCCUGGCUCCUUUCCCGGGGUGGGCGGGAGAAAGGGCGCCCUGGGCGGGGGGCCCCAGGCUGGGCCCGGGGCCCCCAGGGCUCGCUCACCCGUUGCCUCCCUCCGCCUCCCUUCUCAGCGCUGGGUGCUGCUGGCCACGGCCCUGGUCAACGCGCUGGUGUCGGGCGCCUGCUGCGCGGGGCUGCUGCUCGCCGUCUCGCUCACCGUGGCCAACGGAGGCCGCUUCCUGCUCGCCGGCUGCAACCGCUCGGCUCUGGCGACCGACGCCCGCACCGUGAGGACCGACGAGUGUCCCUUCGACACCACCCGCAUCUUUGUGAGUUACUGGUACUAUCUUGGUAUUUAUUUGCAUCCCGUAGUUUCCCCUAACAGAGAUUCAAGAUGGCUUAUAGCUAAAAACACCGGGAGGGGGGGACGGUAAUUAAAAAGCAAUUAACAGCAAUUGGCAUUAAUAGAAUAGAGAUAUCAAAACUUGUAAAAAGUAUUAAGAAAAUUUCAGUUGUACAAAAUAAAGUGAAAAAGGAGAAAAAUAAAAAGUGCAAAGAAAAAUAUAAAAGGAAUAUAUGUGCAUGUUACACUUCCAUGUAUUAUCUAUAUAAUGUACUGUUAUUGCCCUAAUACAUAUAUGAUUGUGGAUAACCUGCUAUAUUAUGUAUAAAUUUAUUCUAAAUGUCAAUAUCCAAAGUCUGCAUCUCUCCACAAUCUGUUCAUCUUUUGCAAGGACUGUCAUGUCUUCAUUCCUUGAAUUAAAGAGGACCAGAUCUUUAUUCUUCAUGUUCAUCCAUACCAGUCUUUUGGUCAUAGGGUUUUAAUUGCUUUUUUGUCAACUUCCAUACAGCAGGUAUAUAAUGCAAAAGAAUAUAUACUUCUGAAAAUUUCAUUUUUUUCCUGCACAGUCAUAUUGAUACAGUCCAGCACUUUCUCCCAAAACUUAGGGAGUAAGAACAAAUGUUUCAAAGAAGCGCUGUCUUUAUACAUCUUCAACAAAAAGCUGCAUUAGACAGUCCUUUUGUAUACAAAUUGUAUGGAGUUCAAUAUUAUUUUCUGUUGUAUAAGUCGUAAUUCAAGAUCCAUCGAUAUCUUUGCUACAGAAACUGAAACACUUUCCCACUAUCAAAAAGUAUAGGAGCAUCCAAUUCUUUCUUCCAAUCGUUUCUUAAAGUCUGCAUCUCGAACUAGUAAAUAACAAAUAUCUAUAGAAAGUAAUUGUGUUUUCAGUUUCAAAAGCUUUGACCAGUUCUUCUGAGGAGAUCUUGGCUGCUCCCCAGCUGACCUUCUCUGCCUGCCUCUUCCCUCCCUAGGACACGGCCCUGGCCCUCUGGCUCCCUUCCUUGGUGAUGGCAGCGGUGGAGGCUGGCUUGUCCGCCUGGUGCUGUGCAGCGUCUUUCUCUCUCUGCGGCCAGGGCCCCUCCUCCUACAAAGUGGCACUGGUAAGAGGGCACCUUUCUCCCUCCCCCCACAUCCUCCCCACCCCGGCACUUGCAGAGCGACCCCUGGGGGCCACCCAGUGCGGCCCUCUUGCUCCCUGCUUUGCCCCAGGCCCCUGGGCAGUUGAAAAGCUUCUCUUUGGGCUCCUUUUCCAGCUUCAGGAGGCUGCCCCAGGAAAGGAGGUGGCAGAGGAAAGCUCCGGAAGAGACCCUCAUCACCAGCUCCUGGUUGACGUGCAAGAAGAGGAGUGCAGCCUUUAGUGGGGUGGGGAGAAAGAGCCUGGCCCACUUUUGCUGCAAGAGGCCCAUGACAACGGGCUGUGCUGUGCUGGCCAGACACAGAAUGAGAGAGUUGGAAGGGACCCCGAGGGUUGUCUAGUCCAACACUGCAGGAAUCUCAGCUGAAGAAUUCCUGACGGAUGGCUAUCCAACCUCUGCUUAAAACUUCCAAGGAAGGAGAGUCCACCACCUUCAAAUGUAGCCCAUUCUCCACUGUCAAACAGCU